GCUUCGAAGGGCACAGGCUUUUCCGGGGUGCCGGUGGCUUUUGCAGUCGGGCUGCACGGCACAGCGACGGCGGCGGGCGGUUGCCCGGGCUGGGAGGGGGCAGGGCGAGAGUCGCGCCGCUGGGGGGCAUGGAGAGAUUUGGGAGUGGAAAUGUACAGGCAACGGCUGCGACGGAGCUGCGCGGUGGGGAGAAGGACUGUAGGGGGCGUGGCUGUUGUUUACCUUCUCAAACUCUCCCGGCUCCCAACGGGCUCCUCCGGGGGCGUCUCAUCUCUCCCUCCAUCUCUGCCACUGAAUCUCUCCCUCCCUCCCUCCCUCGGCCGGACACGCGGGCUCCUCUUUUCCUCCCCUCCCCUCCCCGAGGCGUUCCCUUCUUCACCCUGCCGCCCUCCCUGCACUUCCUUGCAGGCUUUGCACUUUGCCUGGGCUGGGCAUUCCUCCUGAGGGGGGCGCAUCUUCUUUUCUCUGCCCUGCUUCCCCCACCCCUCGUGCGGACACCCGAUGCCCCGCUUGCGGUUGCUUCCUAUACAGUGCAUACUGUAUAUACGUAGUCAGAAAGACAGAGACAUGCAAGGCGCAGGUUCUGCCCUGGAAGCCCGCCCCUCGUCCCAGAAGUGUGUGGGCUGGUUGUGGUUUACAUGACCCUAAGGACAGAUGGUACCUCCCCCACGGUUAAAUCAAAAGGCCUUUUCUUCCAUUAUUGUUUGGUUUUGAGGGCUGAGUCUCCUCUCUCAGCUUAACCCCUGCAGACCUUUCUUCAUUCAAACAUUCUUCACUGCUACAGGUGCCUCUUACACUCUCUGUCUGCCCCCCCCCCGCAAGUGCUGAACAUCUUCCUGUCUUUCCCGGGCUUGGUCAGUCAUCUGCCCAGUCAUCUUUUCCAGCCGGAGGGCAGGCAUUCUGAAUAGGGGGAGAUACCCUUCAGCAGGGGUGAGGUCCCCUGUGGCCCCGCAGGUGGUGUUGGACUCCAACUCCCUCCAGUCCCGGCUAGCAGGUCAGGGAUAAUGGGAAUUGUAGUUCAGCAAUGUCUGUAAGGGCACUAUGUGAACUACUCCUGGCCUUCAGCCUCCUGAGCUUUCAUCAUGGUAGGAGGUUGAAUAAUGAUGGAGAAAGCAAACAAAUGGCUGGGAAUCCUUAAGCUAAUUUAGGUGUCGGAAGAUGCUCAAAAUCAACAUAGAAUGAAAAUAAACACAUAGUUCACCCCAUCUCUCCCAAUCUUGUGUUUCCCAAGGGAUUAGAUUAGGCCUCACUCAACACUUCUUUAAAAUGAGUGUUAAUCUUUUUUAAAACAAACAAAAACUUUCCCAUCCCAUCUCCCAUUUGUUAUCUGCUCCUUUUCCAAACUCUUAGGCUUGACUUCCUUUUACAUGUGAUUUUUGUGGGAGCGCCUGAGCUUCCUACUCUUACCUAAGAUUGUUCUCUUGCCUCUUUAACAUUCUUUGACGCAUUCUGCACUUUGCUUUUACCCAUGCUUCAAUGGGAUCUCCUUACCCUUCUGUUAUGUUGUCAGUUAUGCUGUCACACACACCCCUUGCUAUUUUCCUGUGCCACUGAGACAGUCGUACCUUCUUUUGAUACUUUUCCAUUGCUGGCACACUGGGACUAUGUCUUUUCUGUAUAACUUUCCUUCUCCUGUAGUCCUUAAUAGUAUUAGCAGCCCUCAAAGAUGCCCAGGUGCCCAUCUUCUCUAGCUUCAGUAAGCCCCACAGCAACAUGAUCACGCUCACUCUGUAUUCCUGUUCUUAAUUGCAAUCCUCAUCCUUUUUGUCUGCUACUUGUUGAUAUGUUGAUGCCUCCUUCCUUUGGCGGGACUGUGAACACCUGGAAGUACCAUAAAUCAUGAAGACUGCUUGGUAGUUUAUGGGAUAUUAUCCAGAAACUUAUAAGUAAACAGAAAUGCAGGUUAGCAUUUAACUGUGUUAACUGUUGGUUAAUCUCCCUCCAACUCAAAACAUCUCUAGAUACAGUAGUCAGUUUCUCUUUGCCUGUUUCUCCCUCAGUCAGCUUCCUAUGUUACUCCUAUGUUACUCUUCAUUCCUCUAUAAAUGAUGCUUGAUGGUCCUUGCUUUUUCCAAGUGUCUCUCUCAUUUCUCAUUUUGUCUUCCUUACUCUCCAUCAUCUUCUGUGGAAUUGAGUUCAUAGAAGCAAACAUUUUAAUCUCUGUCCUUGCUUAUGUUUGCAUAAAGAAAAAAACCCCAUAAUCUCCAGAAGGUUGAUUUCUUCAAGUAGCUUUGCAAAUUGUUGGGGCCUCCCAGCUGUCACUCUGGGAUAUAAAUUAAUCUCUUUGCCCUCCACCCUUGAAACUUUGAGCACAUUUUUCUUACAAAUUAAAUGCCCGUCUUUGAUCGUGUGGCUAACAGCAUUUUAAUUUUAGAACCAAAUUGAAUAUAAUAUCCUAAUUGCCUUUUCAUAUGCUAGGGAAUCUGUCAGCACCCCUCUUAGAAAUUGCAUUUGUAGUUUUAAGUUGAGGAAGAUGAAAAUGCACCUGAUCAUUGUAAAAAGCAACUGAAUUUCAGAUGCAGCUGUAUAGAUCCCUAGGUGCUGUGAACCUUAUGCACAGCAGCAGCAGCUGUUUGCAAACAGGCAAUUGAUUAUUCCUCCAACUGUCAUUAAACGCAGUGCACUAAUUUGGUAAAUCUACAUGCAAAACAAUAUCAGAAAGACCUUUGCAAAUGAGUCUUUGGCUCCUGUUAGGGCAGCAGUUCACUUCCCUCAUCUUCUCACUGGGGUUAAGCAAUAUUGGCCUUUAAGAACUAUACUUGACCUUUAAACAUUUGCUGGCCCCUGAAGUUGAAGCAUAUUUGAGACUGAAUGAAAAAUAGUUUGUAUAAAGGUCAGGUUUGCUGUAGGAAAAUUCAGCUUGGGUUUUGACAGUCGAGGCUGCUGAAACAGGGCAGGAAGGUAAACAUAUUCCUUGCUUAUGGAGGCUGGCUUUACUCAAAAUUUCCCUAAGGUUGUUGCCCCUGAGGAUAUAAUUGGAAUAACUACUGUAGUUGCCUGCAUUAACAUGGUCAGAGGUUGAGGAGGACAGAACUUUUAGUGUUAGGUAAAAUAGGGAGUUUUGUCAGGGGAAGCUUUUAUCAUGCAGAAUUGAGAAAAGCUGUCCCUGCUGAAAUUGCCUUGUUUAUAUAAUUAUUGAAAAUAUUGAAACCUUGGCUUCUUUGGACUUCUGUCAUGCUAGUCCAAAUAGGUAUCUUAAAGUCGCAUUAACUUCUGUUCUGUUUCCAAGAAUCCAAGGCCUGACUAUGUUUACCCUGCCUUAACCUUGUUUGUAUGAAGUUAAAAAUGAAUAAUGAAAGUUGUAACCUGACAAAUCUGGCUGUGUGAAUGGAGCCCUGGGUACUCCUCUGGCACUAACACACAUUUUUCAUUAACCUUCUGAUCUUGUUCUAUAAAUAACAGAAUUCCUGUUCUAUAAAUAACAGAAAAUGGGGGGUGAGAAGUUGUGGGAACAGAAGACUGAAGUAUGACUUAAGUUGUCAGUUGUCAGAUACAUACGUUGGAGCUGCUUUUGAUUUGGGGAAGAUGUCGAAUAGUUUGGGACAAUACUGCACAGAUAACUGUGGAGAAGAUAAAUUUGCUGCUAGGGUUACUACUCUUGAGUUUAUUUAUUAUUUUAUUUAUCCAUUCCAUUUACAUCCCACCUUUUUUCAGAGGAGUUCAAGAUGGCAUAGCUGGUUCUCUCCUCUAUUUCUUUAAUCUCCGCAACAACCCUGUGAGUUAGGUGAAACUGAGAGGCAGUGACUAGCCCAAAGUGAGAGAUUUGAACGCUGGUCUCCCAGGUCCUAGUCUGACACAUUAAGCACUAUGACUUCACUGGGAUAGAUAGCUUUCAGUUAAAAGUUGUAGAUGGUAGAAGUUAUUUUUCUCCCUUUGCUAGUAGUGCAGCCAGCAGCUGGCUUUGAAAGUUGGUUGCCAAAUCAUUUUCAAGGUGCAUAUUUGCCAGUUAUUGUAGGAUUCCAAAACCAGGGCCUGUAGCAUGCAUAUUCUGUAUUUGGCUACCCACCAUCUUUCAAUAAUUCUGUUUAGAGUGGGCUAUGCUUAGUUGUAUUUUAUUAUUGUUAUGCUUAGACAUUUCUAUGUUGGUGAUGCCCAUCUCUCCUCUCUGUAUCUAGAUUGUUAUCAUUAUCUAGAUUGUUGUCAGUAACUUAAUAAUAUAGCAAUAAUUUAUUAUUUAUACCCCGCCCAUCUGACUGGGUUUCCCCAGCCACUCUCGUCUGUCUCUGUUGCUAGUUCCAUCUGGAUAUGUCUUUGGAUAACCAAAGUGUUAGCAGAAUACUGUAAAGAGAGUCAGAAAGGGAAAGUAGGAUCAUAAAUAUAUGUGAUAAAAAAAUCCUCCUAGAUAUGGAAAAAAUGCAAAGCAGGCAAAGUGAACACAAGAGAGUUUUGUUUUAAAUUUAAAUGAGCUUAGAAGUUGCUCCAGGAACCAAGAUAGUGAGCAUGGCUAAAACAAAAUCAAAAAUACCCAACCCUAAGAAGUACGUGUUGAUCAAAGCACACAGUGCUAGUUUAACCCCUCAAUCAGAGUAAUUGAGCCCUUGUUGGAUCUUGAAAUGUCUGAAUGCAACUCUUUGGUAGCUUUUUGCUGGGUGAUUGCACAGACAAAAAUGUAGAGUAGUUUCACUGGAUCCAUCUACCAGCUGCUUUUUGGAUACCAGAGACCAAGCAAUUUCAGAUGGAAGCUGCAUGAGUCAUGGGGUAGGAGAGAGAGAAAAUAUGUGGCGUUUGGUGACCUCUGAAUAUGGCCAAACAAUGCUUUCAAAGCGGCAUUUUUAUACUGAUGCUCUGCUAAAUAAAUAAAUAAAAUGUUUACAUGCUGUCUUCAGACAGCAAACUCACACAACAGCUUGCAAGAUAAUAGAACAAAUCCAACGCUGAUAUAACUGUUGAUUAUUAAAGCUAUGUAAAGCAAUACAGCAGAGCACAAAAAUGCGGAGGAUCCAGCAGAGAACAGUUAAAACCACCAGGUUAAAAUCAUCUAGCUGACAUCCUAGAAGACAUAAAAAUGUCUUCUCUUGGCACUGGAAUCGGACUAGGUGAGCAUUCCAAAUGUGGGGGCCCACAGCUGAAAAGGCCCCUCUCCAAUUACCACCCUGCUACCUUCGGAAGAAGGGGGCUUGAAGAAAAGCCUCGGGUGACAAAUGCCAACCCUUAGGGAAGCUCAUGUGGAAGGAGACAGCCCUUUAGGAUCAUAAAAAGUUGCCAUCAACUGGGUCAAGACAUUGGUCCAUCUAGCUCAGCUCUGUCCACACUGAUAGGCAGCCGCUCUCCAGGGUUUCAGACAGGAGUUUCUGGAGAUGCCAGGGAUUGAACCUUUGACCUUCUGCAUGCAAAGUAGAUUCUUUACCACUGCACUACAUUCCCCUUAGAAACCCAAGUCCCCAGCCAUUUAGAGCUUUAAAGGCCAGCACAACCACUUGUGCCCAGAAACUGACUGGCAGCCACUGUUAGCUGGACAAGCAACUUACAGGUUUCUUCUUCAUCAUCAUCAUCAUCUUCAUCUUCAUCUAUUUAUUUAUUUAAUAAAACUUAGGCACUGCUUGAUUGUAAGCAACCCUCAAUCUUCUUAUAGUCAGUCUUGGUUAGCAGCAUAGUCACUAUAUUUUGAGAUAACUAAAGUUUCUGAGAAGUUUACAAAGUAGUUGCCUGUGCAGUGCAGUAGUUUAAUUUCGAGACUACUGGAACAUGAAUAACUGUAGUUGGGCCAUCAGGGAUUGAAGCUGAUGGCAGGAGGUACAUAAUGUGACCUCCUGCGACAACACUAGAUCUAUCGGCACCUACAAAAUACAAACUUGAUUUUUCAGAUGGAAGAGAAACGGCGAAAGUACUCGAUCAGCAGUGAUAACUCAGACACCACUGACAGUCAGACAACAUCAGCGUCAAGAUGCUCCAAAAUUCCAAAUACAAAAUCUGGUUGGUCAAGACAGAAGGAGAAGAAACCCUCAGAGGUAUUUCGUACCGAUCUGAUAACAGCUAUGAAAAUCCCAGAUUCUUACCAACUGAGCCCAGAUGAGUACUACAUCCUUGCUGAUCCCUGGAGGCAAGAGUGGGAGAAAGGUGUUCAGGUGCCAGCAAAUACAGAAACAAUCCCUGAACCAGUGGUUAGGAUCGUUCCUGUUCUAGAACAUUCAUCACCACAAACCUCACCAAGCAACUUGUCCAGCUCUGACAGUUUAGAUGUCACCAGGACAUACUCCCAAAGAGCAAGUCGCUAUGACCUGGAUGAAAUCGAUGCUUGCUGGCUGGAACUUUUCAACAUGGAGCUUAAGGAAAUGGAAAAGCCAGAAAUGGAUGAAUUCACCUUGGAAAGAGUACUGGAGGAGCUGGAGACACUGUGCUAUGAGAACAUGAACGUUGCCAUCGAGACAGAGGAAGGUCUCGGCAUAGAGUACGAUGAGGAUGUCGUGUGUGACGUGUGCCGCUCGCCAGAAGGAGAGGAUGGCAACGAGAUGGUUUUCUGUGACAAAUGCAACGUCUGUGUGCACCAGGCUUGCUACGGAAUCCUGAAAGUUCCCAUCGGAAACUGGCUUUGCCGAACCUGUGCCCUUGGAGUCCAGCCAAAGUGUUUACUCUGCCCAAAGAGAGGGGGAGCACUGAAACCCACCCGGAGUGGGACAAAAUGGGUCCACGUUAGCUGUGCCUUAUGGAUACCUGAAGUUAGCAUUGGAUGCCCUGAAAAAAUGGAACCCAUUACGAAGAUAUCACAUAUCCCAGCAAGCAGAUGGGCUUUGUCAUGCAGUCUUUGCAAGGAGUGCACCGGAACAUGUAUUCAGUGUUCCAUGCCUUCCUGCAUCACAGCCUUCCACGUAACAUGCGCCUUUGAACGCAAUCUGGACAUGCGGACGCUUUUAGCAGAGAACGAUGAGGUGAAGUUCAAGUCUUUCUGUCUUGAGCACAGCAGCGGUGCCACUAAGCCACCAGACGAAGCACGGACAGAUGCAGAUCAAGGCAAGCUGGAUAUGGAAAAAGUAACGUUGAGGAAACAGAAGCUCCAACAGUUGGAGGAAGACUUCUAUGAUCUUGUGAAGCCCUCUGAAGUGGCUGAGAACCUUGACUUGACUGAGGGGUUAGUUGAUUUUGUCUAUCAGUACUGGAAGUUAAAGAGGAAAGCCAAUUACAACAAGCCUCUAAUGAUGCCCAAAACAGAUGAGGUGGACAACUUGGCUCAGCAAGAGCAAGAUGUGCUGUACCGACGCUUGAAGCUCUUCACACACCUCAGGCAAGAUCUUGAAAGGGUUAGGAAUCUCUGUUACAUGGUGACAAGGCGAGAGAAAAUGAAGCACUCCAUUUGCAAACUCCAGGAACAGAUCUUCCACCUUCAGAUGAAACUUAUAGAGAAGGACCUUUACCCAGAGCAAACUGGAAAGAAAACGAAGGGAAGAAGAAGUGACCCAAAAAGAAAAGGAAGAGACGAUAGGAAAAGCAGCCCAGAGAAGAAAGAAAAGAGGAAAUCGGGGAAUGAGUUGGUACUGGGGCAGCUGGGUUUGUCCACUUCCUUUCCCAUUGAUGGGACCUUCUUCAACAGCUGGCUGGCUCAAUCUGUACAGAUCACCACAGAGAACAUGGCAAUGAGCGAGUGGUCCUUGAACAAUGACCACCAUGAAGACACCACCCCAGGCCUUUCCGAGGAACUUCUACAAGACGAAGAGACCUUGCUGAGUUUCAUGAUGGAUCAUUCCCUGAAGUCCCCGUUGAAGCACAGUGACACAGCAAAGAAAGCUAGGAGCAAAGUGCGAACGCACACGAAGAAGAAAGCGGCAAGGAACGGCUUGAGUACCAUCUUUAAGAGACACCAAGAGGACUCGCAUCACUGGACUAAUGUGAGCUCUUUGCCAGAUAGCACCACCAAGUCGUCACCCCAUGAUUUAAGAAACAGCAAAGCAGAGAAAGGUGUGGACAAACUUCAGCCAGAGCGCAGGGCGAUGUGCGAAGUGAAAAAGUCUGCUAAGAAGGGCUCUUCACACCCCACAACUCUUCUUCCAAAAGCAAAUGAUCCACAUGCCUCCCAGAGCCUGAUAAGUAACCUGAGCAAUGAGGAGGAGGAACCACUGAAAUAUACUCCAUCUUCUGAUCCCAAACCCCUGGUUAAAGUGCCUGAUCCAGUAGGUAGUCCGAAAACAGUAGUGAGGUUCAGAUUACCAAAAGUAGGCAGAGGGACUCGGAGAUCCCAGAGCGAGAAGCCCGCUGAGCUGGUUAAUGGACCUUCAGGAAGUGAGAGGUCAAAAGUUAUUUUACACCCUUUUGACAAUGAGACUGAUGGCUACUUCUCAGAUGCAGAAAUGAGUGACUCUGACGCAGAAUCUGGUAGUGGCAGAGGGCACCAUAGCCAAUUAGAUUCAGGAAAUGAGGAUAAUUUCAGAAUGAGCAUUUUGGCAUCCUAAUACGCCAGAUAGACCAAUUGUGACAGCUCUGUGAGCCCUAAAUCCAGUUACAACUGCCAUGUCUAAUUUCCACCUGGUAUCAUAACAGAGGGUUUUGUUUUUCGUUUCGUUUUUAAUUUGUAUAUAUAGUUUAAGAAAAAAGAACUGUUGUUUUUCCUCUUCUCUGUUUGACUCAAAGCUUCACUGACUUAGACUUAUAUACUGUAACAGUAGCUAGCCUCUCCUAGUCAAAACAUGUGUAUCAUAGUGAAACAAAAUGCAAGCAUGUGCAUUAUUAGGGAAUAGUGCUUGCUGGUAGUGAGCAGGACAUCCUAGAAUUUUAACGAGGAGGCCUGAGAUUGCCAGUAUCUGUUGUUCAUGCCGGGAUGACAGUUUUAUGGGCAUUAUUUAAACCAAGCAAAUAGAUUUCAUGGUCUGCCUGGUAUUGCCUCUGUUUAGCAGGCUACAGAAUGGGGGUACUAUUGCAGUAGCCAACUAUAUACGCAGAACUUAUGGAAAAGUAAAUUGUGUGCGCGCAUGUGUGCGUGUAUGCAUACAUCUGCAGGAUUUGUCUGUGUGUGUGUGUGUGUGUGUGUGCAACUAUGAAGUAAAAUAAGCGAUUAUUUUUUAAAGAAGCACAACAAGCUUAUUUGAAGAAAGCACUUAAUGGUUGGAGGAAAGACAACAUUGUAUUUAUGGUCUUUUAAAUCCUUGAUUUUUCUUUUUUACCUCCAGUUUGAUCCAAGUCCAUCCAAGGGUUCGGGAACCAAGAUUUAACCCUAUCACUCGCAACUUAUCAGCUGGGCAGCACCAUAAACCCUCAUCUAAGGGUCUCGGUAGAUAAAAGAAUGACAUAUCUUUGUUAAAGCUGCUCUGCUUUUAAUCAGUAUGCCUCCUGAGUGACUUCCGAUAUUAUUUAUUGGUAAAACCUAAACCUUUGGGUGUCUGAAGCAAUUCCCGUAAUUUGCUCAGGUUGAUUAAAGUAGCCUCUUACCAAAACACAAUGGAGAUCAUAGGACAGAAGAUGCAACUCCAUGAACCUGAGAAAAAUAUUACUCAAAUGUGUUGGGGUUGGUUUUUUUUUAAUCAAAUGGCUUCAGUUCCCAUAAAAGGGGUCAGUCUACAUUUUCAGCAUAAAUACCCAAAUUAUGGCUCCUGUUCAGGGAGCAAAACAUGAAAUCUUCCUGUGUAACAGUCAUUUUACUGUAGACAUCGAGAGGCGAUUGAACCUUUUUUCCUUUGCCAUUUCUUUUCUUUAAACACUGUAAUGGAAUUGAUGGUUUUCCUACCCUUUCCGCCCUUCCAUUUCAUAACUGAAAUCCUACUAGGAAGCCGUUGAAAGUGAUAUACAGAUGUCACCGUUCUAAAUAUUUCAAUACUGUUGUGCAUAAAUUGUGUCUAGUACGCCUUAAGUGUCAUUCAGAAACUCAUAUUACCUAUGAGUCACACAGGUUUUCCAUGUUUGCACUUAAUUACACCAUUACUUCAGUUUUGGCUUCAAAGGUCAUGGUUAAGGUUUGCUACAUACUUUCUUGGAGUGACCCCAGUGUGAGCUCAGGGAACAAAAACAAAAAGAAAAGUGAACUUCACUAAAACUUUUUGUUGUUGGUAUGUUACUUUAAAUGUGUGUAUGUGAGCGUGUGCGUAUAGAUAUAUAUAUAUACUGGGACACUUCCGCUUGUUAAUCCAUCACUUUCAAACUGGGGGAGAUGAAGACGUUGCAGUUGUUCAGAUGAAUCAGUUAAAUUAUUUUAUGGAUGCCAAAGAAUAUUUUGAGAAUAGCACAGCCAGAAACCGGAAAUUUGUCAUUUUGGGGAGGGGGGGUGAUGAAUGAAUGAAAGCUGUUUAGCUGCAAAAGGACUAAAUCAGUGUUCAUGACACAGCUGAGGCAUUAGGUUGCAAGCUUGCUGAAGAUGAUGCUUUUAUCAUUUGGAUCACAUCCCACCAUUUUGAUUUCUGAUGCUCUUUGCUCAUUGCAUUCUGAGCAAUGUUGGUUUUAUGUUUUCUGAAGCCAGAUAUUGGCUGUCCUUGGUUUUUUGAGAGUCAGUCAUUUUACAAGCCUUCCAAAGUCCUUAAUAUCACUCCAGUUGAGCCACAACUUGGAGAACUUUUGUUCUGAAAUGAAACCAAAAUCAGGAGCCAAACACACAUCAGUGUUUUUGCUGAUUUGAGAAGUUAUGUUUGCAAAAUGAUUUUUCAAAAGCACUGACUGAAAUGGAACAAUUUGGUAUUUGCCUAACCCAUAUGAGUUGGCAAGUAAAUUCUGCUCCUUAAUUAAGGCUUGGUAUGUUCAGAUGAUGUUAAAUACAGUAAAUAGGACUUAGUUUUAUCUUAUCAAGCUUGCUAGGCUUUAGCUACAAUAUCCUAGUUAUGUCAUACAAAUAAUCAAUAUGCUGCCUUUUAAUGGCUCUUGCUUCCGUGUGCUUCAGUUCAACUAUAGCGUAAAAAAAGAGAAAGAGAGAAACACAAAUCCAGAAUUCUCACUGUACACAGCUUUGUUCAUCAGCUACUGCAUAACCUGCCUGCUCACCAGUACAGGACAGCAAAAGGAACAAACUUUAAAGAACAACCAAACUAAAGCAGCACCUAUCGUCUUGAUUUGGAUUAUAUGUAGCACUCCGAGACACUCCCAUUGUUACUGUGAAUAAGACAUAAUAGUGAACCAAAAUCAAAAAUUAAAAAUAUAUGGAAAAGAAGAAGAAAUGCUUUCUCCCAUUCUAGCACCUUCAGCCCAUUAAUGAGACCCUGUACACAAAGUCUCUGAAAUUACACCAUAGAGUUACACACUAGGAGAAGCCCCCCCCCUCAAAUGGAAGAGAGCCAGGGCUGCCGUUGCUCACAUGGGAAACCAAAGCCCUGUGGAUUCUUGGAUCACAGCUUUUCCAUGUAAUAUAUCCACGUUUGCAACUAACAGGGAAUAACACUGGGUGUAUGUGGAUUCUCGCCUUUUUGUGUGGAGAAAGAUGAAAGAAAAAGAUGCAGAAUACUUUACUGGAAGCCAGGAAUGUAACAUUGUUCCUAACUAGUUGAUGACAAUGCCCUUCUGUUCACAAUGCCUUGGAUCUGGCUUGGAUCCAGAAGGGGCUUCUGCAAACAGAAGUAUGGGGCGCAGAUUCCCCAUGCAGCCCCGCACCUCCCAUGAAGAAGAUUGGGGAGGGCAGGGGGAAGGGAGUAGUAGUAUUUUAAACAAUUGUGUCACACAUGUGAACGGAAGAACACCAUUGGAUCCACCUCAGUGUUAGAAAAUAUAUUCACUGUAUUCAGUGUAGACAAGCGUGCAGUAGGAUACAUAACUACUUUUACCUUGUUGCUUUGGCAAAAUGUUAGUAUUUUUGUAUAACUGCUGUGGAAUCCCUUGAUCUGGAUUCUGUAAUGUGCUUGGCCUGGCAAUAAUACUCCUAACAUCACUUCAGAUGUGGUGGUAGCGGCCAGUGAGUGCCUUAAAACCAGGCAUAGUCUCUGGAAUUGUAGAGGGGCCCAUAAGCUGCCACCUUACAAGCAAAAUGCAGUGCUAAGUACACAGAAGUGCUCCCUAUGGUUAGUCCAGGUUCACCUCUGGCAUCAGAGUUUUGGUAUAUAUCUGGCUGGCUACGCUAAAACGUUCAUAGCAAAAAGCGUUGCUAAUGAAAAAGGGUUUUCUCGCAGUGCAGCUCUGACUUACUUUAAAUCAUUUCCAGUUCUGAUUAUUUCAUAUGGUCUCCAGUAGUGACCAUCUAAAGUCUUGCUGACAUUUCUGUGCGGUUGACAUAUCUGCAUAUUGCUCAAAAAUAUUUUUAGAAGAACUCCAAUCUUCCUUUGCUGUUUUGCACUUGCCUUUUUCUCAACGACAGCAACAACAAAGAUUUGCAUAAAGGAAGAAGAAAUUGUCCAUGGAAAAUAUUUUUUUAUGAACUGUAAAUGUAUUUUGAGAUGAACAGAGAGCAUAUAUGGUCUAUUUUGUUAAGCAACGGUCUUUAAGAUGAUGUGUGAACGGCAAGCAUUUGUAUUUGCAAUGUAAAGGAUGAAUCUCAUUUCCUUUGGAAAAGCAGAAUCAUGCUUUGGCAUUAACAUGAUCAUAACAAUUCUCCUUUUGUUCAUCAACAAGAAUCAAAUCUUGCUUUUAAAAUAUCAGUGUUCAGUCAACUGAAUUGCCUAAAGGCAAUUUUGUAGCAUAUUUUGCAUCUCUUAGAAGAUUUUAACAUUUAUUAUUAAAAAAUAAAAUCAAACUAUUAUUUGACAGAGCUUUUCCUCAAAACACAAUGGAGAAUUAGCCAUUUCUGCAGGAAGAAAGGAGAAGAUUUCAAACCCACCUGGCUCCCCCCCCCCCAUGAACUCCUCAAAGUGAGUUUUUUGCAAGCUCUCAUAAAAAGACAAAAAGACUCCUGUUUCCUGUUACCAGGUAGGUGUGUUAAUUUGGUUGUUCUUUAAGGAAACUGUAGUAUACUUUGCUCCAUUCCACACAGACGCAAAACAGGCCCACUCCAUAUCAGUUACAGGAAACGAUAUGAAUGUCACAGGAGGUAAAGCCCUUCUGUUUUCUUUGUUUCAAAGAAAGUGAUGUGCCAUUUGUUAAUAUAAAAGAGAAAUAUUGAAAAUAUAUUGAAAAGAGCAAUUUUAAAUUAUUUUUGGCUUAUGUUGCGAUAUUUAUUUUCUUGUAUUAGAAAUUCCUUUGUAGAGAAAAAAUGUAUUUUUCAUUAAUGCAAAAACCUAUUUCUCCUUUUGUACAUUUUCCAUGUUAGUUAAUCCUUAAAGCAAUAUAAUGUAUCAAAAGUUGUUCUGUGUGAAAGCUGUAUUAUGCAUGCUGUUUGUGUUGCUUUGGAAUAGGUCUGUCUGCCAUAAUUUUCAUCAUGUUUCAAUUCAGUGUAUGCUUUAAUACACAUUGGGACCAUGAACCAUUUGCUUAUAAAAAAAAGAGAAGAAAUACCUUUGCAUUCUUCAAUGUGUUGGCAAAUGCAGUCAAUAAAGCCGUGUUUUCUGUGUA